AUGACCGGCGAACCCGGCCCGCAGCCCCUGCCCGCCCGGCCCCGGGACAGGAGUCAGGACAGGAGUUCCCGGAGCCUGGAUCAGGACUCGCCUUCCAAGAAGAAGAAGUUUCAGGCCAGCUACGCGUCCACCACCCACUUGAUGGCGGGCAAGAAAGUGCCGUCCUCCCUGCAGACGAAGCCCGGAGACCAGGAGACCACAGUGUUCUACAUCCCAGGGGUGGACGUCAAGUUGCAUUAUAACUCCAAGACGCUGAAGCCUGAGUCCCCCAACGCCUCCAGAGGGUCUUCCCUGCCGCGAACGCUCUCCAAAGAGUCCAAGCUGUAUGGCUUGAGAGAUGUGGCCACGCCUCCGCCUCCCGGCUCGGCCCAGGGCAAGACUCACACCUUGCUUCCUCCCCCACCCCCACCUGCCCCUGCAGCCAAAGGAAAAGGGGGCGCGGGGGUGAAAACCGCCAAGCUGUACGCCUGGGUGGCCCUGCAGUCCCUGCCCGAGGAGAUGGUCAUCGGCCCCUGCCUGCUGGACUUCCUGGAGAAGGCGCUGGAGACCAUCCCCAUCACGCCCAUCGAGAGGAACUUCACGACCGUCAGCUCACAGGACGAAGACCUGGGGCACUUCGAGCUGCCGGACCCCCUGGAGGAGUCCGCGACGUCGCUGGUGUCCUCCUCCACGUCUGCGUACGCCUCCUUCCCCGUGGACGUCGUGGUGUACGUGCGCGUCCAGCCCUCCCAGAUCAAGUUCAGCUGCCUGCCGGUGUCGCGCGUGGAGUGCAUGCUGAAGCUGCCCUCGCUGGACCUGGUCUUCUCCUCCAACCGCGGGGAGCUGGAGACCCUCGGGGCGGCCCACCCCGCAGAGGCGGCGUCGCCCGCGGGAGGGGGGACCUCAGACGGCACCCGCCGGCCGGCCCACCCAGCCGGGCUCCUGAUCUCGCGCCCUGCAGGCUCCUCGGGACUGGGCAGCCCCCUGGGCCGGAGCCGGCACAGCAGCAGCCAGUCGGACCUGAGCGGCGCCAGCAGCAGCUCCUCGGGGCUCAGCUUCACGGCCUGCAUGUCGGACUUCUCCCUGUACGUCUUCCACCCCUACGGGGCCGGGAAGCAGAAAUCGGCCGUCUCCGGCCUCAGCGCCGGCUCCGGGGGCCUAGGCAACGUGGACGAGGAGCCCACCUCGGUCACCGGCCGGAAGGACUCUCUGAGCAUCAACCUCGAGUUUGUGAAAGUGAGUCUGUCCCGCAUCAGGCGGUCAGGAGGCGCCACGUUCUCGGAGGGUCAGCCCUCGGGCAAGUCUGCAGGCAAAGUGGACACCACGCUGAUAAACAUAUCUGCCGUCUGCGACAUCGGCUCUGCCUCCUUCAAGUACGACAUGCGCCGGCUCAGUGAGAUCCUGGCCUUCCCCAGGGCCUGGUACCGGCGCAGCAUCGCGCGGCGCCUGUUCCUCGGGGACCAGACCGUCAACCUGCCACCAUCCGGCCCCGGGACUCCUGAUUCCAUCGAGGGGGUCGGCCAGCACCUUUCCCCAGAGGCGUCGCGGAAAGCCUACUGCAGGGCCUGGGAGCAGCCCAGCCAGUCCGCCUCCUUCAGCCACACGCCCCAGUCGCCCAGUGUGUUCGGGGAGCACGUGGCCAGCAGCGCCGUGUCGCCGGGGACCGCGGCGCAGAGCCUCAAGUCCCCCGCGCCCGCCCGGGCCCGGAGCGUCUCCGACUCCUCAGUGCCCCGCAGAGAUUCACUUUCGAAAACAUCGACUCCCUUCAACAAGUCCGGCAAGGCAGCGAGCCAGCAGGGGGCGCCGUGGGAGACGCUCGUGGUGUUCGCCAUCAACCUGAAGCAGCUCAACGUGCAGAUGAACAUGAGCAACGUGAUGGGGAACACAACCUGGACGACGAGUGGCCUGAAGAGCCAGGGCCGCCUGUCGGUAGGCAGUAACCGGGACCGGGAGAUCAGCAUGUCGGUGGGGCUGGGGCGGUCGCAGCUGGACUCCAAAGGGGGCGUCGUCGGAGGCACCAUCGACGUGAACGCCCUGGAGAUGGUCGCGCACAUCUCCGAGCACCCGAAUCAGCAGCCCAGUCACAAGAUCCAGAUCACCAUGGGCUCCACCGAGGCGCGCGUGGACUACAUGGGCUCCAGCAUCCUCAUGGGCAUCUUCAGCAACGCCGACCUGAAGCUCCAGGACGAGUGGAAAGUGAGUCUGUACAGCACGCCGGACUCGAGCAUGGCCGACAAAAGUGAGAUUUUUGUCCAUGGAGACCUGAAGUGGGAUAUUUUUCAAGUGAUGAUAUCGCGAUCAACUACGCCAGACCUGAUAAAAAUCGGAAUGAAGCUGCAGGAGUUUUUCACACAGCAGUUCGACACCAGCAAGCGAGCGCUGUCUACCUGGGGGCCCGUCCCUUACCUGCCCCCGAAGAUGACGACGACCAGCCUGGAGCGGAGCUCGCAGGAGCAAUUGCUGGAUGCGGCUCACCAUCGACACUGGCCGGGGGUCCUGAAGGUGGUGUCGGGGUGCCACAUCUCCCUGUUCCAGAUCCCGCUACCGGAAGACGGGAUGCAGUUUGGCGGGUCCAUGAGCUUACAUGGGAAUCACAUGACCCUGGCUUGUUUCCAUGGCCCAAACUUCCGUUCAAAAUCCUGGGCCCUUUUUCAUUUAGAAGAACCAAAUAUUGCUUUUUGGACUGAAGCUCAGAAAAUCUGGGAAGAUGGCUCCAGCGACCAUUCCACGUACAUUGUGCAGACGCUGGACUUCCACCUGGGCCACAACACCAUGGUCACCAAGCCUUGCGGUGCUCUGGAAAGCCCAAUGGCCACCAUAACCAAGAUCACCAGACGCCGUCACGAAAACCCGCCCCACGGAGUGGCGAGUGUGAAAGAGUGGUUCAAUUACGUCACAGCCACGAGGAAUGAAGAGCUGAGCCUGCUCCGCAACGUCGACGCCAGCAACGCGGAGGGCGGCGCCGCGGUGAAGAACUCUAGCCUGCUGAGCGGGUUCCGAGGCGCCUCCGGCUACAACCACGAGACGGAGACCAUCUUCGCCUUGCCGCGCAUGCAGCUCGACUUCAAAUCCAUCCACGUCCAGGAGCCGCAGGAGCCUUCGCUGCAGGACGCCGACCAGAAGCCCAAGGUUGAGUGCAGCGUGGUGACAGAGUUCACUGACCACAUCUGCGUGACCAUGGACGCCGAGCUCAUCAUGUUCCUGCACGACCUCGUGUCCGCCUACCUGAAGGAGAAGGAGAAAGCCAUUUUCCCGCCUCGGAUUCUAGCCACACGACCCGGUCAGAAGAGUCCGAUUAUUCUACAUGAUGACAGCUCCUCUGAGAGAGACCGAGAAGACGGGAUCACGUACACCACUGUGGACUGGAGAGACUUUCUGUGCAACACGUGGCACCUGGAGCCCACGCUCAGAUUAAUUUCUUGGACUGGAAGAAAGAUUGACCCAGUAGGUGUUGAUUAUAUUCUGCAAAAGCUGGGCUUCCACCACGCCAGGACCACCAUUCCUAAAUGGCUCCAGAGAGGCGUCAUGGACCCACUGGACAAGGUUCUGUCAGUUCUCAUAAAAAAGCUGGGUACGGCACUGCAGGACGAAAAGGAAAAGAAAGGAAGAGACAAGGAAGAACACUGAGAGUAACCUGCUCUGUGAACAGAUUAUGACUGUGUCCGUUAAGUUUUACUACACUGGAGUGUUUUUUCUUUGUACAGUAAAAUUAUUUUAAUUAGCUUAAUUCUGGGUUUGUGGCCAUUACCUUAAAAAGUUUAUAAGGCAACUCAUCCGAGCCCCACCAUCAAAGUAUUGCAUGAUAAUGUAAGUUUUGUGAUUAACUAGGCCGAAAUACAUAAACCUGGCUGGGUUUAGAAACUAUUAUGUGCAAUAUGAUUCCUGCAUCUUUGAAAUAUUUUCAGAACAACUGUGAAUUUCCUUUGUCACUGGCCAUAAGUUUUAGAAAAAAGUCCUGUUGAUAAUCCUUUUUCAUUGCUUUUCCUUUUCUUAAACUGUAGACUUGUAUAAAUACCUACCUGUACAUAGUCUGAGUAAUUGUGAUAUGCUUAAGUAUCACGAUCGUUUGUAAUAAAGAAAGUGGUUUCAG